AACAGGCAAUAAAUGUCAAAAGUGCAUAUACCACUUUAUAUGUUUUCUUUUACUUUAAUAGUUAACACUAUGUAUCCUUAGUUCUCUUAUCAUAAUGUUAAAGGCAGUUACUUAAUCAUAAAUACAGCAUUCAUCAUAUAUUAUUAGAAUGUGAAUAUUAACCAUGGGGGAGGAGCAAAAAAAGCAAAUAAACCCAAUAUUUGAGGUUAUUGUUAUUCUGAAUUUACUCUAUCCAACAUUUAUUUUUUAUGGAGGUCUUGUCCUCUGUCUUCGUUUCCUUAGACAAGCAUUUACACAUGUUUUCCUUUUUUGGUUAGCAGGAUACUUUCCUCUCCAUUUGCUAGUAAUGCUCAGCUUGUAUCCACAUAACCAAGAAUGGAAAAAUGUGUCUGCUAUUCCAAGUUCAGGAAUGAUAGAAAGCUUUGCUAAUGGGUUGUCUGAUCUGCAAAAGAGGAAAGAAGCCUCUAUCCACCAGAACACAAUCAGAAUUCACACAGUUUAGGACUAUAUGGGGCAGAGAAAGUUGGGAGAUUAUAACACUUCUGCAUACAUAUUACGUUUUUUUUUUAAAAAAAAAGCACAUUUGCCAUGGCAUUUUCUUUGAAAUGCAAGAUUACAAAAAUUAUUGGAGCUUCUGCAUAUAAACACACCAGGUAUUAUCAUUCUAGAUAAGGUUGAUCCUUAAAUAUAUUCUUCUAUAUGGUAAUCUGCUCAUGUUUGUGUAUUUUUCCAUUAUUGUAAAAAACACCAGUAAUACAGCUUUAAAAAACAUUUUUCUAUAGUAUGUCCUGAUGUUAUGAAAGAGGGAAGGGAAUGGCAUCUGGUCAGGGAAGGCAAUGCCUUUUGCAGGCAACUAUCCCAACUGCUCCCUCCUUUCUUGCCCGCAAUUUUUUUUGAACCCUCCCGGGGCAGCUGCUUCAGGAAAGGCGGGCAUCCGUUCGUGCGGGAAAAACAGCGAGCCGCUGCAGCAGGCGCAGCGGCAGAAGGCUGGCAUCAAGGCAGAGACGAGGAGGGACACCCCCACCGCCGCUUGACAAGGGUUGGGCAUGAGAAGCAACGGCUCAGGCUGCCCUACCACCUGUCUCUGACCAUUGUUCCUGGAGAGCGGGUUCAGGUGAAAGAACUGUCUUCUAUAAGUUCCAGUCUUGAGUGGUCCCAACUAUGCCAAGCCUUCUUGACCUCAACUGCAGUGGGAGUUAAGGAAUGAAAGCAUGAGUCCAUGGAAAGUCCCAUCAUUCCCUCUCCAGUGACAAACUCCGCAGCCUGAAAGUGAAAUUUCAACCUGCUUCGCCUGUUGAACUAUUUCGAUCUACCUAGGAGAAAAGCUUCAAUGGACUGGACUACCCCAGAACUUAGGUUCGUAAUAUCUAGAUUAUGUAUUGCUACAUUUUUGUUUGUUGCUGUUUCCCUCACACCUUUCUUCAGACCAUGGGUCCAAUACUUAAAGGAACAAAAAGGAGUUGUUACUUGCAAAGUGGGGGAUAGGGUCAUUUGCUAUGCUCUUGUUAAUACAGUAAAGCCCUACCAACAACUUCAAAUCUGGACAUAUGGAGGGACACACAGACAUUACCUUUUUUGAAAGAAUAACACGAGACUUAUGGACAAUUGCCAGAGUCUCCUUUGAUGUAUGUUAAACCUAUUGACUAUAAUCAAGCUAAAUGGACUAAGUAUGGAGACAGGCUUACUCAUUUAAUACAAACAACAUCCUACCCAAUCUGGCGCAAUCAAAGGAAAAUUUAAUAUGAUUAAAGGAGUUAGCACUUCUCAGUGCAAUGCUGAUUCCUGCAACCUGGUGUGCUUUGAGAUAACCAGACCAGCAGACUUCUCAGCAUGAUUUGGACCAGCUAUCGAUUAAACCAGACACAAUUAUGGGUUCAACUUGACAUUUUAUACCACCGUCCCAAAAACAUUUUUGGGUUUUUUUUUCUUUUUACGAUGAACUGGAAACCACAAUUGAAAUGCUCUCAACAUCAAAUAAUCUUUUUAUUGAUCUGGUCCAAAAGAAUUGCUUCAUCUCUGAAUGUGACUGUUUUAUGUGUGUGGGUACUAACAUGGGUGAACAGUGGCCUUGGGAAGCACGUGAAAUAAAUUUUACUGCCCUGACUAGUCAAAAUCUCACUGAGAAAUAGACCCCACUUCCAUAAUGGGAAGCCUCUGUUUUAAAAAGAGAAGGUUCUGGAGGACUUCCUGCGGUGACGUUGAGGUGGUGCAGGGGGAAGAGGACAGUCUCCGUCCUCUAACUCUGAUUUUUUCAAGUUUGGAGGUCCUUCGUAGUCUGGAGGACUAUGUGCAAAAAGGGUGAAACCUUAGGGAGCAGUGAGGUGAGAGGCAGGCACCCACUACGACAGAGGAAAACCCUUAAAUCCAACUUGAAAACCUGCUUUCAACUGAUGGCAGAUCCGAGGCCUCGGCUAACCACAAAGGAUAUGGAAGCAAGAUAUUCUUAAUGGACUAUGUCAUAGAGUGAGUUAAAAGUUUAUAAAAAUAUUCCAAAAUAUUAGAAAGGUCUAAAAGAUUUACCUAUCUAUUAGUUCUGGUGUUGUAAAGAAGCUCAAUAAAAGAGGGAAUCUUCAGCAUAAGCGGCGACCUGGCGGGAAGAGCUGUGAUUUAACAUUAAAAUAGUUAGAGGAUUAACAGGAGUGAGAUAAAAGAAAGAAAAGAUUGGGGUGCUCUAGCACAGAACAAAGAAGGUGAAAGAGUGUGGAAGGAGAUGUCAAGCCCCAUGGGGCUUGCCAUUCACUGGUGGGGGGGGUGACUCAGGACACAGCUUGUAGCUGCUGAACGCCAGACGCUGCCCUGACUCCAGCUGGUCGUUGGCACCAUUCCAGCCACUGGAAUAGCCCUGCAGGACACCAGGUACGGCCCUUUUCCUUCCCCUUCAUUCCCGCUUUGGCGGCCUACCGUUCCUGAGCCGGAGGGGCCUGGCCGGUGGCCGGGCACUGCCUGCCACCUGCCAGCACAGCUGAGUGCCGGGGGUGGCCGGGCGCCACUGAGCCCUACCGGCGGUUGGAGGAGCCCACAGCCGUCGACAGAGCUGCCAAGUUGUGGGGGGCACCUGUUAGCCGCCAAGCCUCAAAGGAUGCCGCCAUUGGUUGCUGGAAGCCGCAAGAGACCUUCGGAGCCCGUGGACGUCAACAGAGUAGCCAAGCAAGGAGGCCAGCCACUGUUUGUUGCUGAGAGCCACGGGAGGCCUCUGGUGGCCGGAGGAAGGGCCUGUUUCUGGAAGCUCUGCAUGCUCAGUUUGAGGACGCAUCACAUCUCCAGCGGGCUGAAGCAGAAGUUCUGUUGCUGAAGCAGCGAGGUCGGCCUGUGGAGGCUAGUGGGGCGGCUGUGCUCUUCUUGGCCGGAACGGUUGUUGGUCCAUCAUUUCCGGGCGGGCCUCGACCAAGGGCUACACCAGGCCUGUGUCUACAGAGGUGUGCCAAACCGGCUUCGGGAGUAGUUCAGAGUGGUGGUGGACCUGGAUACAGGGCUCAGGGAAUUCCAUAUAGGGGGAGGGGACACUGCUCGUCCGUGAUGGCCUCCAUGGAGGCCACGGGAGGGUGGACAGGGCCAGCUGGCCGGCUUGCCAAGGCUCCUGGCCCGCCUGACGGGGCCUCCUUCCGCUGCUUCCGGUGUAACCAGUUAGGCCAUCGGGCAGCCGAAUGUCCAGCCCCUAGUCCACAGAGCCCCACGGUAACCGGAGGGACUACCCCAAUGCUGAAAAGCCCAGAGAAGUCGAGAGCGGCGAAACAGCUGGCAACUCCGACGUUCCAGCGGGCGCCUCCAGUGGACGAGGAUGCCACAGUGGUGGCAAGGUAUCGGCUGGCUGCUGACGACAGUGAGGAUGACGCAGUGGACACCCUGAUGGUUACAUCAACUUUUUCUUUGGAACCUCAUCCGAUUUCCCAUCUGGCUUUUUUCAUCUGUUUCAAUCCAUAUCUAUAAGAUUAUCUGCUGCCUAUGAGUAUGACUUGGACAGAAUCUCUUUUCUUUUAAGUGCAUCCUCAGUUCUAACCAGACUUAGGUAGCCGUUAUAUAUGUUGGUGUAACUUUCUGAAAUUCAUAAACAUGAAGUCAGAAUGUUCAGGAGAAAAAUCAACCCUCCGAAGUGCCUCUCCUCACAGGAAUGCUUAUAGGGCUCAGUUCCAAGCCCUGAGAAUGAAUUUUGAUGAAGAACAAGAAACAGGAGCAACUUUUCAGCAAACUAGGGGGAGGAAAUAUGGCUCUAAUGUCAACAGGAUUAAAAAGAUAUUCAUGCAAAUGGGCACAGAGCCUAGUGAGAGUGCUGAUGGAACGGCAAAGACCAGAGGUAGAAGUAGCCUAUUAUCUCCUGAAAGAAGGAACAGGCCUAUAGAGAUUGUGGAGAAAGCAGAUGGAUCAGUUGUACAGUUAGAAGCUUCUGUUUCAGAAAGGAUUAGUAGAUUUGAUGCUAUGCGUGAUGAGUCUUCCAAAUUUAUUGAAACCAGGAAAGUGUUUAAAAGAAAUGAAGAAACACAGCCUUCCAAACACUAUUCCUCAAAGAAGGAGAAAGCAGUCUCUGCUAAUGAAUGUCAAGAUGAAUUAUGUAUCUCUAAGUCAAACAAAGCAACUGCCCAAGAAGAUUUAGUGGACAGUUCUAGUUCAAAAGCAGAGACAGUUUCUCCAGCUGUGAGUCAACUUAGUGCAGUGUUUGAAAACAUUGAUGCACAAAAAGAUGUAAUUGUUUCAGAAAAAGAAAGCAGUAUAGAGUUUACUGUAACUGGCCACUACCCUCUAAAUCUGUCUGCAGUCAACAAAGAUUUGUCUUCCACAGUUGGCAAUCUUGAUGGCUUUAGUCCAUUAAAAGAUACCAGUGCUUGGCCCUUAUUAAAACAAAAUACUAGUUCAGUAUCUCUCGAGAAUUCUUCACAAACCCCUACUACAAUUAAUGAAGAGUCAAAAAGCACUUUGCCGGUUUCAAAAACAAAUGAAACACAACUCAAAAGCGACUACUACUCUUCUGGUCUCUCUGAAAUACUUGAACAAGAUAUAAUAGAGGGAUUUAACAAACAGGAUUUGAGUGAGAAUAAGGUAGAAACAGAAUCUAAAGCAUCCUCUUUACCAAAAAAGAUAUUUGAUGGAGCCGAAAAUACAGAAAUGCCAGGAAACCUUGCCGUUAUUGAUGACACUGAUUUCCACGUAGCUUCAUUUUCAGUUGAAGAUAGAAAUGCAAGGGAAGUGCAAAAAGAACAAGAUGAUUUCCAGAGCUCUCAUGGAUCUAAACAUGAUGAUUGCAAUGUUCAUAAGAUAGAAUCAAGAUAUAGUUUUGAUUGGGGGGAGAUUUGCACUGAAGAGGAUGACCAAGAAGAUAGUGAGGAUAACAGUUAUUAUGAGCCCGACACAGAAUAUUUUGAAAUUAGUGGAUUAUCAGAAGAAGAUGAAAUCCCAUCAAGCAGAAAAAUUAAAUUUAGUACUGCUCCAAUUAAGGUUUUUAACACAUACUCUGAUGAAGAAUAUGACCGGAGAAAUGAAUCAGUUGAUCCAAUAUCAUCAUCUGCAGAGUAUGAAUUAGAAAAACGUGUGGAAAAGUUGGAUCUUUUCCCAAUAGACAUUGAAAAAGAUGAACAAGGAUUUGGUAUCACUAUUAUUGGAAUGGGAAUUGGAAUAGAUACAGGCUUUGAGAAGUUAGGUAUAUUUGUCAAAACUAUAACUGAAGAUGGGCCUGCAGAAAAAGAUGGAAGGAUGCAGUUAAAUGACCAAAUUAUUGAAGUAGAUGGAGUCAACAUGGUUGGUGUCUCACAGGAUUUUGCCUCUGCCGUUCUUAGACGUACUAAAGGAAGAGUCAGGUUUAUAAUAGGCAGAGAAAAAGCAGGCCAAGUAAGUGAAGUGGGUAAAUUGAUUAAACAGACCAUAGAGUAUGACCAGCGCCACAGAGGCCGCCAUUAUGCCCAUUAUGAAGCUGAUGAUGAUGAUGAUGAGACAGAGGAAUAUGCUACAGAUGAAGAUGAAGAAGAUAUUGGGGCCUUUUCAAGAGGCAGAAAGACCACUCACUUCUUUGAAUGUCCUGAAAAUGAUGACAUGCUUUCUCCGAAAGAACUGGAAAGAUUGGCUCAGAAAUUUAAAGAGUUGCAAGUCAAGCAUUCAAUUACAGAAACUGAGAUUAAACAGCUGAAAAGAAAGCUGCAGAUUGCCGAAAAUGAGAAAGUAAGGUGGCAGAUGGAAAGGAACAUACUUCACCAGAGCAUUAGGGAAAACAAGGAAAGGAUGGCGAAAAUAGAGGGUUAUUGGGUUGAAGCACAAAGUCUGUGUCAUAAUGUAAAUGAGCAUCUGAAGGACUCACAGGAACAAUAUCAGGCCUUGGAGAAGAAAUAUAACAAAGCUAAAAAACUAAUCAAGGACUUUCAAGAAAAAGAACUUGAGUUUAUGAAGUACCAUGAUGAUGACAAGAAAAAAAUUGAAGAUCUGGAAAAAGCUCAUUUUCUAGAAGUUCAGCAUUUACAAGCUCGGAUUAGAAAACUGGAAGCAGAAGUGUUCGAGCUACUGAAGCAAAACGAAAGCCAAAUGAAUAAUAACAACAAUAUCUUUGAACAACAAAGCUCUGUUGGAGAAUCUUCAAAAGAAGAUACAGCAGAAACGCUUGAUGCCUUAGAUCAAGAUUUCAAUGAAGCAGUCCCUGAAACAGAAAGAUUGGAUUCUAAAGCUCUGAAAACUCGUUUGCAGCUUUCAGUGAAAAACAAAAGGUCACCAACCAGAACAAGAUUUUGUGACAGCAUCAGCUCCACAGAUGGAGAAGAUAGUCUUGAAAGAAAGAAUAUCACGUUCAAUGACAACUUCGACCCAAGUAGCACCAGCUCAGCUGACUUGAGUGGCUUAGGGACAAGUGGCUUAGGAUCAAAAACCCCAGGAUUUUCACACUGUGUAGUUGUGUCUUCUGAUGAGAGCUUGGAUAUGAUUGAUGAUGAGAUUCUUGAUGAUGGACAAUCUCCCAAGCACAGCCAAUUUCCAAAUUGUGCUGUUUCAGAAUGGAGUGUGCAGCAGGUUUCCAAUUGGUUAAAGAGCCUGAAUUUAGAACAUUGUAUUUCUGAAUUUACAGCCCAUAAUAUAAAUGGAGAAUGUCUCCUUCAGCUGGAUGGCAGUAAACUUAAGUUCCUUGGUAUGACAUCUUCCCAGGAGAGAGCUGUGAUUAAAAAAAAAAUCAAAGAAAUGAAAGCAAAUCUAGAAAAAGCCCGCAAAGCUCAAAAGAAGAUGGAAAAGAAAAAGAAAAAACUUAAGAAGAAGGAAAAUGUUUCAGUUUCAAAGAAAGUGUAGAAAGCUAGAAAAGCAAUCAGCAGAACCAAUUCAGGGGGCACAUGAGCAAUGAGACCCCAGGAUUAACUGUGCUUUCUAAGAACAUGAAGACAAUUUCGAAAAAGCAACAGUGAACACUGUUUUCUUCAUUAAAGAGAUAGCUUUGCACCUGUAUCUGAAGCUUUACUUAAGGGAAACAAAUCAUGAGUAGCUAUACUUUCCUGCCACUGUAGAAAUGUGGAUACUUGGGAUAUAUUCAGCAAUUCAUUAUUUUUUAAUGAUUCAGCAACCCAGGAUGGGAUGUUACUAAAAAUCUUUCACCUAUGUAUGCUGCCUUGGCAUCUCUAUCCUCAUUUGCAUUGGGCCUUUUUGAUGUAACUUUUACACUGCAUUAAAACGCCCUGGAAUCAGGCCAGUGUUAAAAGAAAAGAUUCAAUGGACCUGCAAAGGUGAAUAACCAGAGGUAAAAUGUAUAUUAGUGACUACACAUGCAUAACAAUGCACAUCAAAAUUUCAAUCUUUCCUCUGCAAAUACUGAAAUAGCAGGUGCAGCCAAGUUCAGGCAUCCUCUUGCAUUUCAAUGGGGAAGACAGUCUUUUUCCUAUCAGCAUCCCACAAUUCUCCCCUCCCAGGAACUAAAGAACAAUGAAAGCAAGGCCUUAUUGUGCUGUUUGACACUAGAGAGUAACAUUUAUUCUCUGAAUUUAUAUGUACAGUUGGAUUUCUAAAUCUAAGUUAGUUUGUAAUAAAAUACAAUUUUUCAAUGUUUUCCUUGAGGAAGGUAUUUAAUUUCACUUUCCAGUAGCAUGCUACCCUUUUUUUUUCCCCUAAAAGAACUAACAUUUCUUUGAGCAACAAGAUGAUUCACCUUUUGUCUUUCCUUAAACAAGAAGCAGAAGUUGAUUAUAUUCCUUGGUAGAGCUGAGGUUUUACCUGCUGAAAAGGUUUUCUUUUUUCUACAGAAAAUAAAUUUUGCCAUUUAAAAAGCAAUGUGCUUUUUAAACUGCCAAAUCAUAAAAUAUUGCCAACUGUCCUAUGAUAAAAUACUGGAAUAAAAAAGCUAUAGCUAUAAAAAUGCAUUUUGGAUGUUUUCCCCAUAAGUAGAAUAACUAGCUAGAAUUGAAAACUCAGGCUUAAAUAGGUGGGUCAAGGAACAUUCUAGUUGACUUAAGAAGAAUUAUAAUUUUUAAGAAUUGGGAUGAUUCAGAUGAAAGAAAGCUGUUAAAAAAUGUGUUAUUUCAUUGGACAGAUUUAAGCAUGCACUCAACCUAUCCCUCCUUUAAAAUCAAUGGGAUUUUAAAAAUAUUUUUUCUUUCAGUUGCAACCAUUAAUAUUUUGCCAAAUUAUGAACUAUAAUCUCAGUUUCCCUUUUAAAUUGAUUCUAACUGAGUUUAGCAUGGGGUUUUCUUUUGGUGAUACUAUAUUACAUAGAACUAUGAACUGAAACUGUUUUGGAAACAGAUAGCUGGCUUUAAAAUAUGACCACUUAAAAGAAGUUUGUUGUUAUCAUUUAGCUAGCAUUCAGAUUUUAUUUAAGGCCUACCUUGACUUAAUUCUGGAAUUUUUACAAAAGAAUUUCUUAACUACAGGAGCUCAAUUUUCCAUUUCAGUCUCAGUAGCUCUGUUGUAUGCCUAUUCUGCAUGCAAUGUUCUAUAUGCCACAUGCAUUUUAUAAUUGCCAGGAUUCCUCUCCAAUCCUAUUCAAUAAUUCUAUUUGUAUUGCAAUGUUCAGGUUGAAACCUGCGGCUAUAAUAACAAAACUCUGCCAGCAUAUCUGAUAACUUGAAGGUCCUAAUGCUUUUUUUUGUGCCAGAAAGGACCAAGACUACAAAAGAAAAAAAAAACAUCAAAUGGAAGACACUUGUCUCAGAGGACACAGAUUGAACAAAAACCUCUGAGAAUGGUCAAAUUCCAUUGUUUGUUUAUUGUAGAGGUUAAAUGCUGUGUUUGAGCAAAAGAAAGGUAUCUGAAAAACAACUUACAUUUAUCUCUGAAGGUAGUAAUUGAAUUAAAUGCAGUUCUUCUGUUUUUGUAAAGUUUAUAGGCUGGUAAUUUAAGAUGGAUGUAUAUUUCAGUAACAUCUGAGGGCAUGUUCCUCUCCUUUAUAUAAUUUAUGUUCUUUAUUUUGUGUUCCUAAAAUUUCUGAGGACUAUAUGUUGCUCUGUAAAAUUAUUUUACAUUCCUUCUGUGUAAACUGUAUGAUGUUGCAGAUAACUAAUUUGAUGUAUGUUCUGCAUUUAUCCCCUUAUUUUGUUUUAUAUUUUGGGAUAAUUUUAGACCUAAACAUUGAAUUUUUAAGUUUUUUAAGGUAAAAGUAAUUAUUUAUACAUAAGAAAGAAAUAUAUAAAAUUAACAUUUCUGUUGAGUAAAUAAAAAAUACAGAAUGGAUCAAACCAAAUCUUGGUCUCCAUCAGUAAAAGCCAAAUUAUAGUUUAUUUGCUGUUGUUCUUUUUUCCUCUUCAUUUUCCUUCCUUCAGGUGUUUGCAACAAUGCUUCUAAUAUCUGCCCAUUAAUCUUUAUAUAUAUUAAAGGAACCGUUAGGCAAUCAUUAAAUUAUUCUAGAUGUUAGCAGAAUCUAGUGAACAGAUAUUUGAACAGGAGAAGGACUGCUACUUCAGAAUGUAAGCAAUGACCACUAAAUUGCAGGAAAAAAAGAUGUAAUAUAUCUUUGCUAACAUGUACUGAUUAUCUGGAAUGUUGCAGGAUAACAGAUAAAUAAACGAAUAGAUAGAUUUAUUGAUUAUCUGGAUUGUUAUAGCUUUAAAUGGGAAGCAAGAACAAGUCUUUCUUCCUUCUCUUGUUAAGUCAGAAACUGAAAAUCAUUCUAAAACUGAUCAAAUAUUUAUUUGGUUAGCUGUCUGACUGCCUUUUCCUGGUCACAUUUACUGAUCCACCAGAGUGGGCAGGCAGAGUAUGUUGUGUGCCCCAUGUCCUAAGAAGGUAUAUCUGGGGGGAUCCAGAAGAAGAGCCAUCUCCAUGGUGGCUCUCUCCCUUUGGAACAUCAUUCCUGCAGAGAUUAGAUUGACCUCCACUUUGACACUCUUUCACAAGGCCCUGAAGACCCUGAUUUUGCCAAUGGGCCAGGGGAACUGAGAGUGGGAUGGAGCCCAUCAAGUGGCUUGUCUGAUUGAUUGUUGUUGCCAGUGGGUGGGGGGAGUUAUUGGUUUUUAUUGUUGGUAUAUUAGAUGUUUAUUUUUGUAAGCUGCCCAAAGUCAUUGACCGUGAAGGGGCAUCUAUGCAAAUUUUCUUAUAUAAAUAAAAUAAAUGUACCCACAACCAGGCUGUAUCCAAACUACUAGAAAAAUAGUAACUGGAGAUUACUUGAAAGAAUUAAAAUCAAAAGAAGAUUAGCAAUCCUUGCCCUGAAAAUUGAGGUCCUUCUCCAUUCCUUUCUUAUACAGGAUUCAUCUCUAUUGUGAUGAUUCAAGAGCUUCUUAACCUUCACUUUUGUAGUGGGAAUAUUUUGGUUGUUGUGUAAACCAUCUGGAGGCUCUCAAUAUCUAUAUAGUAAACUUUUAAUGAUACAAGUCUGACUCAAGUUACCUACUGAGAAAGGGGCAAGGGAAUCCUAAAAGACAUGUAAGAAUUCACCAAAGCCUAUAGGUAGUCCAGUUAAAAUAUCUGGAAGGAUAUUUACUUGCAAAAGUAAAAGUGUACUGGUACUCUUCGAUGUGUGUCUUUCCCUUUUUGGAGUAUAAGUUUUGUUGCUUUUCACUUAUAUUGGAUCUUUCCUGAUUUAAGGAAGAAAUUGUUGAGAAAUAAAAAAAAUUACCUCUGAUGCUGAUCUUCAUUAGGCUAGUCUCACCAGUUGGUUAAAACAGUUGUGAAACUUAAUAUCCAAAAAUACUCCUUGAAUUACUAUUUAACUUUUAUAGCUUAUCUUUUUGUCCAAAGGCAUUGGUUGACAUUUUGCAAGUUAUUCAACUUAAAGGGUAGAGGAAAACUCUUUAGUAAGGAUGUGUUAUUUACAAAGAUACAGAGUGGCCUCUGUCUUACUGUCUAACAUUUGCACUUUUGCUCAUUCACAGGAAUUGGUCCUUGGCAUAAAAAUAACUAGUCAGAGAGCUUACUGUACUAUUAGCCCACUAAGACAGUAACAGAUAGCAGCAGUUUCCAGGGUGCUGUCAAACAGGCAUCUGAGUAAAGAAUAGUUUGCACUGCUAGCAGCUAAGGUUUUGAAACUUCUCUGCAAUGGUCCAUUCAAGAAACUACUUUCAUUAUAAUGUUCUUAAUCAAGGGAAGAUACUUACUCAUUUAUAUAUCUUUACACAGGAGUCCACUUGGGUGUGAACAAUUAAUCAUAUAUACAACCCACCAAACCUCAAAAGUUCUUUUAGCCAGAAGGCACAGAAUGAAUUCCUGUGAAUUAGUAAAUGAAGUUGUCUAUUUAUAAAUUUAAUAAUGUGGGUUCUUAGAUUUUAAGAAAAUUCUCUCCUGAAGUUACAUUUGUUAAUGUUUUUUCUGAUAUCUUUAAUAUCAACCAGUAUUUUAUGUUGCUAAAUCGUACUUGGUUAAUGACUGUUUUUGAUUUUAUUGUACUUGUGUGACACUGGAACAAUAUGUAUUUGGACAUUUGUGAAAUAGUCUGAAAAGGAGCUGUCCAAUAGUGUCUUAGACAUAAGAAGUGACAUUCUUGUACUGGAAGACACUUUUGUGAGUGUAAAUUAUGCAAUACAUGUAACUUAUUAAUCAUUGAAAUUUAUUUAUUUUUUAUUGUUAAUUACUGCUUCUUUCACCUGAACUUUUGGAAAAGAAACUCUACCAAUAUUAUUAUGCAAUAACCAAUUAUUCCAAUAAACUUGCUAUCCUUAUCAUUUAUAUGAUUCUGUGAGGGUAACAAUGGAAAUGUAAGUAAUAUGGAAGGCAAUAGUAAUACACGUCUUUCUCAUGGUAACCCUCCCCAAGCAUAUUGGGGGGGAUCACCUUAGAAAAAUGUCAGAAUAUGUAUUCAUAACUUGUUCAUAUUAUCCUGAAGUUAUCUUCAUAAUGCUGUGACAAGACAGAAGAAAACGCAAUUUAACAGAAUCCAGUGAAAUUAUGCUAAUUCUGGGUGGAAGUGCUGCUGGGUUACCAAUAAUUUCAGAACACUGAGACAGCUCACAGUGGUUAGUUUUGGAUGGAGUUUUGCUACUUAGGGCUAGGAUUAAUUUGAGACUAUUGAAGCUAAUCCCCACAAAGGACAAAAAUAAUUAAAAUGAAAAGGAAGGAAACUAAAUCAGUACACUGAAAAAUUCUCAAAAAUAGAAAUAUUUUAUCACUGUUUCACUUUUUAGUUCCUGUUUUUGUAAAACCAUAUUCUAGAACAAACUAUAUUCCUAAAUUAAAACAGCUUAAGUUCAAAUCCUCUCUAUGCCUGUGUCCUGUGGCUUUAAACUUUGGUUUGUUAGAUCAAAAAGGAAUGGAUGGCAGAGAUAUGUUUGGAGGUUUUAAUGUAUCAAUUGCAUGUAAUCCUGAUAUUUAAUUUUGUACUUCAUAUCUAUUGCAUGGAAGAUGCUGAAGCAUUAUGUUUGUACUUUCAAUUUUUCCUUAAAUAACUUCCCAGGAAAAUAUUCUUUCUACAUUUGGAGGCAUAACACAAAAAAGGCAGUUGCCGUUUGUAUUACAGAUUUUUUAAAGUUUGUGAUUGAUUUGUUAUUGUAUAUAACUUUAUUGUCAACAAGUAUUGUUAGACAAUGAAUGCAAUAAAAAACUUAAAACUCA